GCCACAAUAACAACAACGUCGGAAAUGAGUGACUGAAAGAUUGGUGUUGACACAGAAAAUUUGUCAUUCGAUAACCCGUCAACGUUGGGAAAGGGUGUUUUUAAAAUUUUAAUUAGAAAAUGGAAUACGACGAAGAUUUGGCAAGUAAUCCCUUCUUGAAAUUUUUCCAAGAAAAUUUUACUAUUUUGUAUGAAGAAGCUGUCAAAAACCAGUGGAUUCUGUGCAUCCCCUUGGCAAAUACCGUCUGUCAUGAUAACCUAAAUGAAUUUUACGUUCGUCAGCACAUAAUUAUGCAAGUUGGAGAGGAAUUAAGAACACUGACAAAUGACCUGGUUGAAAUCAGCAAUGAUAGUUUGCACGUAGGUUCAAUUACAGUUCAAAUCCUAUUCCAGGAAACUAUCUACACAAAACUGGGAAAAAUCAAAGCAUUUUGUAUCCACAAAGAUGACCCAAAAAUUUCAAAUGUCAAAAGCCCCACAAUACUUCAAAAGAAAUCAAUACGGGAUUCCAUAAGGACGGUCAAGACAGCCCUGAAUCACUAUUUGAAAGCUGAUCAAGAUUUUUCCAUGCCUGAAAAAUUGAAUGAAUGUUUAAUCGAAAUCAAAAACUACAUUUCAAGCCUUGAUAGAAGAAUCUCAAGCUGUGUUGUUUGUAAUCUUUACCCUCAGUUGAUGGACAUAAUAACUAUUCAGGCCAGCACAGCAGAUGCAAACCUCAACAAAAUCAGAAGGAAUAAUUAUAACACUACAGUGGAAGAUCUAAAUCUCCCCAAACAAUUCCAACCCAGUCUUGUUAUUGCACUUCCAGAGCUGGAAAAGUUACCAGACCAAAAGCUCGUGGCUGAUAAGUUGGAUUGCCUACGCAAAUCACUCAAUUUGUUGACCAAGACAGAUGUUCCAGCUGAGCUGGAUGCAGACAACCUCUUGGCACUCUUCAGUUAUCUCAUUCUCAAAUCACAAGUGACAAAUUGGACAGCACAAUUGGAGUUCAUCAAACUGUUUCACACAUCAAGCCUCCUGGGUGAAGAUGGAUACCUUAUCUCAACAUUAGAGGCUGUGCUUGAUCACCUAAAACAGAGCAGUUGGGAUAACAAGCAGAGUUUCACAAAAAAUGUACCAGACAUGCCAUUAUUGAGAGCUGCUUGUUUGGGUAAUACAGAUGCUCUUACAGAGCUGCUUUAUAGUUCUAAAUUCGAGUGCCAUCCUCUGUGUUCUUGCCGCUCUUGCGGAUUACCGAGGGUAGUCGAUGUUUUAGGAAGCGAUCCGAAAGGGUGGACGGCUCUACAUUAUGCAACUUAUUACGGUCACAGUGAUGCAACGCAGGUUCUUCUGAGAACGCAUUUCCGCGAUAAAGUUCAAAUAAUAGAUCUCCAAGGUCGGACGGCUUUGCACUGGGCUGCUUACAGAGGAUUUCAAACGUGCUUACUGUUAUUGUGUCACCAAUCGGGCUGCGAUCUUAAUUAUCGAGAUUUCCAAGGAAACACGGCUUUCCAUUUAGCCGUUCUGAAUGGACAUGAACCGUGCGUCAAGGCUCUUUUAUACUACUCUGAGCAAGCUCACUUUCGACUCGAUUACGAUGCUAUGAACUGCAACGGUGACACUGCAAUGCAUCUAGCGGCUAGAUGGGGUUAUACCAAUAUUGUUCAACUUUUGCUGCAAUGGAAAGUAGACUGCAGAAUUUUUAACAAGCACAAACAAACAGCAGCUGAUGUUUCGCAAAAUGUCAAAAUCUCACAACUGAUAUCAAAGUUCAGUGAUUCUGAAGGAAAACAGAAUCUCAGAGAAAGAUUGGGCAGUAGCAGGUUCUGGACUGGCAUCACUCGCCAACUUUCUCUUAAGGGAAGACCCAUACCACUCAAUCUAGUUGAAUAAUUCCUAGUUUGAUCUUACAAAAUUGUGUAAAUUGCUUUUGAUUUAUGUUUCCUAUCAAUUUUAAAUUAAUUUUAGGGAAAUUUAUCCUCACAACCUCAUGAACAAUAAACAUCGUUUCCUAUGACAA